CCUCUCGCAUCUGGGUCCGCAGCCCUCCCUGCUGCCUCCUGGGCCGCGGCAGAGGCCACAGGUGGGCAGGAAGAGCCCCCGAGCAAGCCCCAGAUUCUGGAGUCCAAAGCAUUACGACACCAGCACCCGAGACUUAGCAAACGGAGUUGUGGCGUGACCUUACCUGGGAUUCCAGCUUGUCCUCUGCACCAGGUCUGAGUUCGUUCCUGAAGGCUUUCGGCAGUGUUGCUGAAGAGGUGGAGACCUCGGAAGGACCCAGAGUAGGAUGUGGAAGUUGGUUUGCUUCUUCUGUCUGUGGCUCCCUCAGCUGCGAUGUGAAGGAUCCAGCUCCACCCAACCGGAGCAGGUGCACCUCUCUUAUCCAGGAGAACCCACCUCCAUGAUGGUCACCUGGACGACCUUUGAGCCAGCCGAGUCCAUUGUAAUCUUUGGCCUGGAUCCGGGAGAGGCCUUCACGCACUUGGCCAGAGGAAAUGCCUCACGGUUUGUGGAUGGUGGGAAGUCACACCGCACCAUGUUCAUCCACCGCGUCGCCCUGCAGGGCCUUGUGCCAGGACAGCGCUACGCCUAUCGCUGUGGGAGCAACCAAGGCUGGAGCACCUCCUACAGCUUCUGGGCUGUGCUGAACGGCGCCGACUGGAGCCCACGCUUGGCCGUGUUUGGGGACAUGGGCCUGCAGAACCCCCAGGCCUUGCCUCGACUGCAGCGCGAGACCGAGAUGGGCUUGUAUGACGUGGUGCUGCACGUAGGGGAUUUUGCUUACGACUUGGACACGUCUGAUGCCCUUGUUGGAGAUGCUUUCAUGAGGAAAAUUGAGCCGAUGGCUGCCUCGGUGCCAUACAUGACUUGCCCUGGGAAUCACGAAGAGAAAUACAACUUCUCCAACUACCGCUCUCGCUUCAGCAUGCCUGGCAACACGGAGAGCCUCUGGUACAGCUGGGACAUUGGCCCUGCUCACAUCAUCUCCUUCUCCACUGAGGUGUAUUUCUACCUGGAAUACGGCUGGCGGCUGGUGGCAGAGCAGUUCCAGUGGUUGGAGAAGGACCUGCAGGAGGCGAGCCGGCCUGAAAGGCGCAAGGAGCGCCCCUGGAUCAUAACCAUGGGGCACCGGCCCAUGUACUGCUCCAACAAUGACCAAGAUGACUGCACCACCCACGAGAGCAUUGUACGCCGAGGGCUUGAACCGCACCAGUAUGGCUUGGAGGACUUGUUCUACAAGUAUGGAGUUGAUCUGGAGCUAUGGGCCCACGAGCACUCCUACGAGAGGCUCUGGCCGAUCUACGACUACCAGGUUUACAAUGGCAGCACCGAGGCCCCGUAUACCAACCCUGGCGCCCCUGUGCAUAUUAUCACCGGAUCUGCCGGUUGUCAAGAACGGCUGGACCCCUUUGUCCCAGAGCCGCGUGAAUGGAGUGCUGUGAGGAUUGAGGAUUAUGGUUUCACCCGUAUGCAGAUCUUCAACAGGACCCACAUCUGGCUGGAACAAGUCUCGGAUGACCAGGAUGGGAAAGUGGUGGAUGGGAUUUGGCUGAUCAAAGAACGGCAUGGCCCUGAAGCAUGGCACUAAUCCUGCCGUGCUGGAAGAUCCUUGGUGGUGACAUCUCAGUCCCCUCCCUGGUCCGGAUGGCUGCUGAAGUUUUCUGAUAUCCAGCAGCCGCUGACGGAGGAAGAAGCGGAAGUCACAACACCGGCCCCGCUUGCUGCUCAUUGCAGGAGGACACUGCCAUCUCCGCUUCCUGCCCUGGGACAGGAUAGCGGAUGCACCAAGAAUCCUCAUCAGUCUCUUAUCCAACCUUUUCCUUGGAAAUUUCCAGGUUAGGAGGCCACCCAUCCGAGAGAUAUUUCUUCCCUGGCCUGGCAAAGGGGUUGGCCAGGAGCGAAAUCGCAGCCAGUCCGAUUGCUCUUUGAUAAAUGUGCACCGUGCAAAGUACAGCAAACGUCCCUCUUGUCCAGGGGUUGGACCGGCCUUGCCUAUGCCGGGAACUGAAUGUGAAUUCUGCCCUUCAGUGCAGGCUUAUAAACAGCCACUCUCCUGGUUUCAUGGGGAAGUGUGAAAUUCAUCCAGGCUUACUAGGAAAGGAAGCCUUGCAGAAACGGAAGGCUCUUCACUUUGCUUUCAUGGUGUGAAAGAAUAACGUAGGUAUACGUGGGCAAAUGGGCCAGCUAGGAAGAAAAACAUUGUGAUCAGUAACUUUUGUGGAUGUAUUUUGCAAGGCUGCUUCGAAGUGGGUCAUAAGAGCCCUUCUGGAUUAGACCACACGUCCAUCUAGUGCUGGGGAAGGCAACGGCAAACCACCCCGCUAUAAGGCCUGCCAAGAAAACGUCAGCGAAAGCUGGCGUCCCUCCAAGAGUUGGUAAUGACUCAGUGCUUGCACGAGAGGUUCCUUUCCUUUCCUUCCACCUAGUCCAACAUCCGGCCUCCCACAACGGCCCAAUAAAUGGCUCUAGGAAGCCCACCAACAGCCCUCUCUCACUGUUGCCCCUGAGCAGCUGCUAUUUAGAGGCACGUUGCCUCUCAAUCUGGCCACUCCAAAUGGCUGUCAUAACUAGUAACCAUUGACAGCAUUAUCUUCCAUGACUUUGUCUAUUCUUUUAAAGCCAUCGUGUAACAAGAAAAUUCCAUAAUUUCUGCAAUGCAGAAUAUGAUUUGGGCUGUGUGGUUUUUUAAAAAAAGUUUCUACAUUGCUUUAGAGGAUUAAAUUGUAAGUUGCCUUGGGGAUCCCUCUGGGCUGAAAGGCGACUAAGAAAUAUUUUAA